AUAUGUCACACUACAAUUUUUAUCAACUGCUACUGGAAUUUUGUUGUGGCCGUUCCUAGGAAUCGGAUCUCUUCCAAUAUUUAACAAUUUAUCCAGAUUUUACAUAAAAGCUCACGAUGCCUAUUUCGCCCUUCCUGCAGACUCCUUUCACCGAUUUAACUGGUAGUUUGAUUAACCAUCAAACAUACGACAAAUGCGGUGAAAUGGAAAUGAACAUGAUGGACUGCUUGGAGGCCUAUGGUGCUGAGCGAGGCAAAAAAAUGUGUAAGGAUUUAGUCGAUGAUUUCAAUGAGUGCUUUACCAUGCACAAACAGUUGAAACGAUUCUAUGCUAUGCGCACCGAACGCAUGAGACAAUAUUGGUCUGGCGAACGUAAAAGCGAGGAGUUGUAUGCUCCACCUCCAAGAGUUGAUGCUUAUUAGAGAUUGCGUUUUGAUCAUUGUCCUAUAGUAAAAUAAAAAGAAAUUAUUGAAAUAUGAAUGGAAUCCCCUA